AUCACGUGGCCAUAACACAUGUCACGUGACGGCCAACCCACGACUCAGCGGAAUGGUGGCUUGAAAGUUAGUGCCCCUUUUUAUUAUCUAUAACAGGCAUAUUGUAAUAUGCCUACAGUUAAUACAGACAACGGCGGUAUUUGAUGAGCCUCAAGUAGUAAAGAACUGUGAAAGUAUGAACUAUCAUAACUGGCGCGGCGGAGGAGCCACGAUCACGGAGGAUGAGAGAUCGGCUUCUCAGGCUUUCUUAUGUCCGCAGGGUUCCCCGGUUAACUGGCAGGCAUCUGCUGACAAUAUGGAACUUACAUUUAAAAGUAAUGUGCAGUGCAGUACAAGUUCAAUUGAAUCUAAAUGGCAGCUUGCCGAGGCCCAGCAAACGUUAUGCAAUCUUGGAUUGCAUAAUUGUGAAUCAGAUGAGCAAGAACGAGCAACUGCACAAGUGAAUUCUUCUGAGCUGAACCAAACAGUAGAGGAAUGGAGACAAAAAGAGAGUAUGUUGAGAUGGGAAGGAAAAUCAACUUCACCUACGAGUGAAAUUUUAUUCAAGGAAGUGUUCAAUAAGAGCCUUAUUAACGUUCACAAUGGAAAUAGUACAAGAAGUGAAGAAACCAAAACUGAAGGUUUUGUGCAGAAAUAUGAAAGCCAGAUUCAGUAUUUUGGCAUGCUGCGGCGAUGGGAAGAUAGUCAGAGAUAUCUCUCUGAUAAUCCUCACCUUGUUUGUGAUGAGACUACUAAUUAUUUAAUUCUCUGGUGUUUCCACUUACAAGCAGAGAAGAAAGAUGCAUUGAUGGAUCAAGUGGCACACCAAGCUGUAGUGAUGCAGUUUAUUUUGGAAAUGGCUAAAAGCCACAAAGUUGACCCUAGGAGUUUCUUCAGAUACUUCUUCCAGAAAGCAAAAGAAAGAGAUGGAAGUUAUCUGGAAGCUUUUAAGAGUGAGUUGGACUCUUUUAAAUGGCGACUUAAAGAGAAUGAAUUGAAGGGCAGGCCAUCAAGUUUAGAAGAUUGGCAGCAGCUUGGCUAUGGUUGCUUGGAUUCAAAACAAGUCCUUAAUUCUCUACCAACAGUUGCAGAACAGUAUGUAAGGAGCUGUGAAGGUGCACGACUGUGGAUUUCUCCAGAGAGAGAUUUAAAAGCAAAAUCUAGUGAUGAAUCCAGAUGGAUGGAAACUUCAUAGCAUAAAAUUCUAUUUUGCAUUGUGUCAAAGAGAAAUUGUGAAAAAAUAUUUUUUUGCUAUUUUUUUAUUUUGAUUGGUAUGCACCUGUAUAAGUGCUGCACUUUAUAUUACUCAUACUGUAAACCUUGAAUACUGUAUCUUCUUGCUCUGAAAGAAGAGAUUAGUAAGGGCUGGACUAUGUGUUUCCAGUGAAAAUGUUAGCAGUAUGUUGUGUUCUUUGUGUACUGGUAAUAAUGGUCCAUUUACCCACCAAACCAACAUAUGUGCAGUAUUCUCUAUUUUUUAUUUACAGGUAUUCGUCUGCUCUGUUCUACUCUACUUUACAAAAAGAUUUUGUUUGUUUUUUUAAGGAAGGUUUAAGGAAUGUUUUGUUUAGAAAUCUUUAUUUGAUUGUUGUCAUAAAUCUAAUCUGUAUUUUACUUUUAAAACGAUAAGUUUUCAUUUUAGAAUCAAAAUAGGUUGGAAAAGAAAAUAAUUAUUAUUAUAAUAAUAAUAUUAUUAUAAUAAUAAUUAUGUGAAUUGUUCUUUAAAAGUAUAAAUGUAUAUUGGUGAAACAAUAUAUCCUAGCAAAGUGUCACUUUCUAUCAUUUUGAAGAAAUCUUAGUUUUAAUUUUCACAUAGAAAGGAAGAAUACAUGGUUUUUUUUUAUUUGCUAUUUCCUCAACAUAAAUGCCUUCAUGCAAUUCUGCCCUUUCGGUGUUUCAUGCAGUAUAUUAUCUGUUCCUUUGUGAGGAACUGGUUACCAUCUGUCUGCUGCCUGACUUCCAUACACCUCACUCAAUUACAAAUCAUUUCUGUGUGCCUCUUUCUUUCCCACUUGUAUUUAAUAUUAACGGACUAGUUCAAUACACUUUUCUAAACCAAUUUAA